UUUUAAACCAACCAGUCAGGCAGAAGUUGGUGCCGUAUAGAAAAGCCGCUUCGUAGGUAGUCACAGACUUCGAUCGAUCAGAGCUAACACACGACAGUGAAAACUGUGUCUAUAUUUAACACGUGCAUAUUUAAUUAAUGGACGCGUUUCGAUGUGACCUUAAACGGAAAUUUGUUUAUUGUUAUUAUUAGCGAUACGCGUGUUAACGUUGACGCAUUCGAUGUGCAGGACAAGGAACACCGAUCAAUGCCAAAUUUGAAGCGAUAAUAUUUAUUUUCGUAUUAUAUUUCUGGAAUGUAGUGCUAAAUUCGGAGCCGAUUUUGCGAUAGUCCGAGUUUGUGAAUUCGCGCGAUUAUUUGAAAAUUGCCGGUUUUCGUUUUGGCAUGUGACCCAAAGUGGAGUUUAUACUGAAUAGAAUUCCCCCGAAGAGAUUUCAGACCCCGUAGGAUAGACGUCUACUAAAGGAAAAAUGGGGUUACCGAAGAUUCCAAUACGAUUCUGGAUCGCGGUGAUGGUAUUCGCAUCAGCCUACAUCACCUACACCACAAGGAGCAACAUGUCCAUCAGCAUCACAUCGAUGGUGGCCCGGUCCAAAUCGAACCCUAUUCCCGAAUGCAAGCGCAACGGUACAUUGGAUGCAGGAAAAAACCAGACCUUUAAGCAACUAGCAAAUUAUGGACCACGAUACGAUUGGGACGAACAUAUCCAGGGAUUCAUUCUGGGUUCCUAUUUUUGGGGAUACGUAAUCUCCAGCGCACCGGGAGGUUUCAUUGCCGAAUGGUUGGGUCCCUUCAAUACGAUCCUAUACUCUCAACUCAUCACAGCUAUAUUCAAUUCGUUGUGCGUUUGGGCAGCCCAGUGGAACUUUGGUGCGUUGAUCUUCUGUAGAUUUAUGGUGGGAUUGAUGGCCGGUGCAGUCUACCCCGCGUGUCAUUGUUUGAUCUCCCGAUGGGCCCCUCCAGCCGAACGAGGCAAGUUCGUUAGCGCCUUGAUGGGAAACACCUUGGGCACCUGCCUUUCGUGGACUCUGGUGGGAGCAAUUACGGCUGCUGCCGGAUGGGACUGGGGAUUCCAUUUUUUGACCGUUCAGAUCGGAGUUUUCUGUGCCGUGUUCUGGCUCGUCGCCGCAGACAGUCCGGACGACCACAGAUGGAUAAGCGAGGAGGAAAAACAGUUCAUCAAAUCGUCGCAGGCGAAAACAGUCUCGAAAGAAAAAGCUGUGCCUCCAUACCUGAAAAUAUUCACCUCGCUGCCGUUCUGGGCUCUAUGUGUCUGCCAUUUUGGUAAUCUAUGGGGGCUGUAUCUGCAAAUAACGGGAGUGCCGAAAUUCAUGGUCGAGGUUGUUGGGUUCAAUAUCAGGGCAUCUGGUGGACUAGCUUCGCUACCUCACCUUCUCAGACUCUUCAUGGGUAUAGGUUACGGAUACGUUAGUGAUCUGAUCAAGUCCAAGAAGUUGAUGAGCACGACACUAACUCGAAAAUCUUUUAUACUCUUUUCUCACAUCAUUCCUGGGAUACUUCUGAUGUGUAUGACUCUGGUCAAGUGUAAUCACGUAGGCGCCGUGUUGAUCCUGAUACUGAGCAUGUCGAUAAACGGAGCCGCAGUAGUUACGAAUCUGCAAAACGCUCAAGACUUGUCUCCUAAUUUCGCUGGUACAUUGUUUGGAAUCAUAAGCUUGAUUGGAGGUACCACUGGGUUCAUAACUCCCGCCGUUACCGGAGCCCUUAUGAAGGAUAAUAAUGGCAUACACGAAUGGUCUCAAAACUUCAUCAUCGGCGGAAGUGUGUACGUAGCAUGCGGCCUAUUCUUUAUACUAUUCGGAACUUCCGAUAUUCAACCCUGGAACGAAAAGAAAGGCGACGAGAAAAUGGACGAAGAAAUGGUAGCGCUGAAAGAUAUGCACCCCAAAGACCAAAAAGAGACCAGUGACAACGUGCAUUUAAAUCGCUAAAUUUUUGUGAUUGACCGCUUAACAUAAGUUUAAAUGUACAACACAAGACCAAGCUUUGGUCGUAGCAUCUGGCUAAGACUGUUUAUAAAUAUAAGACAAUAAAAAUAUUUUCAAAAAAUUCUAUUUAUGUC